CGAUUCCAGUGACCACUAAACUCAUCAAUAUGCCCACUCACCAAAUGAGCCAGUCGGAUGCUUCCCGCAUUCAAUCAAGCCAGGCCCAAGGAGGAAAGGAUAUGUCCUCUGGCGGCUUCGCUGCUCGGGCUCAAUCGGCCGCUGACCGGCACGAAAACACUGCGACAUCGAAUGUUGGAUCCUCGUAUGGCACGUCAUCGGGCUCUCAGCAGAGCGGCCAGCAGUCUGACACGGGGAAGAGGUAAGAGUGUUUUCGAGAUGGGCUACUGUGUUGAUUGUUGC